AUGGCAGACACAGAUUCAGAAGAUGAACAACUCAAAGCAGCCAUCGCACUGUCGCUGUCAGAACAGCAACAGACAGCUGCGCCAGCCGCUCCAACACCAGCUCCGCCAUCUGCAGGCCUUGCAGGCCUUGACCGGAAAGCAAUGGAGGCAGCACGCUUGGCUCGAGUUGCUGGCAAACGCCCAAGAUCUAUAUCUCCGCCUCCUCUCCGUGACUCUCGGAAGGCUCCCAAAAUCACGGAGAAGAGCAUCGACAUGCCCAGUGGCGCCCGCCUCAACAUGCUGUCGAGCGCUAUCCAGCAAGAUCAACAGGCUCGGAAACCAGCUGCCGCACGAGCAGCGAUGAAUCAUAUGAAAGCGCCACUACCUACCAAAGCUGACCUGGGCUCGAGUUUCACAUCUUCGAAUGGAGCGGGCUCUUUACAGUACCCUCGCGGCAUCGUCAAGAAGACAUGGGCAUUUGGGCAUGAACGUAAUAACAAUGACAUCAAGAUCGAAGAGGUGUUGGAGCCGCUCUCUGUCCGCACAGCCGUGCUGUCGGCCUUCCAAUGGGAUGUGCAAUGGGUUCUGUCGAAGCUGAAGACACCCUUGAACGGGGGGACGACCAAAUGCAUAUUCGUUAUGCAGGCCAAAGAGCAAGAAGAUCGCGAUCGCUGGCGAGAGGACGCCAGUGACAUGCGGCACUUCCUACGGCUCUGCUUUCCCAACAUGAAUGGUCUCAUCAACUGCAUGCACUCCAAACUGAUGCUACUUUUCCACGCUCACAAACUGCGAAUAGCAAUCCCCACAGCCAACCUGUUGAACUUUGACUGGGGUGAAACUGGUUUGAUGGAAAAUUCUGUGUUCAUGAUCGAUCUUCCCCGAUUACCGAACGACUUCAAAGCCAAAGCGACCGAAUUCACCAACUUCCAAAAAGAAUUGAUGUUCUUUCUAGAGAAGCAAGGCUUGGACCAGGACGUAUGUGACGGCGUCUUGAAUUUCGAUUUCUCUGCGACCGAGCACAUGGCUUUUGUGCACACCGUUGGUGGUGUCCAUUACAGAGAUCAGGCUGCACGCACCGGCUUGUUGGGAUUGAGUCGCGCUGUGCGGGAACUUGGGCUCGUGACGACGAGCGAUCUGGAAAUCGAUUUUGCGGCAUCAUCAAUAGGCGCGCUGAAUGACAAACAGCUCCAAGAUUUUCACUCGGCUGCCAGAGGCGUGGACUUGUUGGCUCAAGCCAGAGAAAUUCGAUCGCAGGCGGGCGCUGCGUUCUUCAAGAAGAAGACAAAGUCUCAGACCUCGGACUCAACGACGAAUGUACGGGACAAGAUCCGCAUCUACUUCCCUACGAAAGAAACAGUGCGAAGCUCAACGGCAGGAGCAGCAGGGACAAUAUGUUUGCAGCGAACCUAUUUUGAGAGGCCGACAUUUCCACGAGUAUGCUUCAGGGACUACAAGUCCACGCGAGCUGGUCUGCUGAGCCACAAUAAAAUUCUCUGCGCGCGUGGGCCCAGUGUUCUCGACACCAAACCAAAUGAUGAAGGUUCUUCAAAGGAGAACGACAGGUCGACAGGCGAUGCGUCACAGCCGAAGGGCCAAGCAUGGGUGUAUGUCGGAUCAUCAAAUAUGUCACAGUCAGCUUGGGGCCAACUGCCAGCUGAGAGAACCGAGAACAAGAUCACAUGCAGAAAUUGGGAAUGCGGCGUGAUCCUCCCGAUCCCACAGCCUUCUUCGAACUUCAAUGCAAGGAAAGAGGCCGCGAAACUACGCGAUUCCAAUGGCGAUUCGGAGACGGAGAGUGAAGAUGAAGAAGGUUCGAAACCUGACCAAGCGGCGUUGGUCUCGCUGGAAGCAUUCAACAGUGUGUUGGACUUGCCAUUCCGAGUGCCUGGAGACCUAUACGGGGAUCGUGAGCCAUGGUACUUUACUGAGCAACAGUAA